GCGGUGAGCCGAAGCGUCGCUCCCUCAGCAGAGAGAGGGAGGGGAUGGGGCAGGCUGGUAACCGGGCUGUAACGGGGAUAACCUGCAGCCUCCGUCUCUCGGAUGCUCUGAUGGAGUGAACCGGGCCACGAUGCGCGUUUAUUUCCUUUCUCUGUCGGUCAUGGAAAGGGUUCGUCUCUCGUCUCAUUGAAGCCUGGGCCAGGGGUGGGGGGGUCAGAGGUCGCCCACCCAACCUGCACUUCUCCCUCUUGCCCCUGCACCCCACCCCACCCACGCUCCCCAUCCACCAAACCCUCAGCCCCUGUCACCCUGCACUGUUUCCCCCCCCAAAUCUCACAUACCUUUUGCUCACAAAUUCACACCCCUGCCCGGCUCCAUCAUCCCUCAGCACCUGUUUCCUGCCUGCCAGCCUCAGCCAAUCAGCAGUUAGCAGAAAAGUAACUGUUGAGCAUUUCAUGACGAGAGCAGAUCAGUCCUUCUCCGGACACUAGUCGUCUUCUCAGAUAACACCUCUCGCAUCCAGGCCUCAAGAUGAUGUGCGAGGUGAUGCCCACCAUCUCAGAGGAUGGGCGCGGCGGGGGAGGAGGCGGCUCGUCUUCGCCCGCUGGGGGUGGAGGAGGGAUGGGCGGAGGGAUGGGAGGCAUGGGGGGCUACAGCAGCCGGGAUCCCCGCGGUGGCGGUGGCGGUGGAGGCGGCGGUGGAGGUGGCGGCGGAAGCGAUGAAGGAGGAAGCACGGGCAACCUGGAGUCGCUGAUGGUGAACAUGCUGACGGAGAGGGAGAGGCUGCUGGAGAGCCUGAGGGAGACCCAGGACAGUCUGGGGACGGCCCACCUGCGACUGCGAGAGCUGGGCCACGAGAAGGAGUCGCUCCAGAGGCAGCUGUCCAUCGCCCUGCCACAGGAGUUUGCAGUGCUGACCAAAGAGCUGAACCUCUGCCGGGAACAGCUGCUGGAGAGAGAGGAGGAGAUAGCAGAGCUGAAGGCAGAGAGGAACAACACACGACUGCUGCUUGAACAUCUGGAGUGCCUGGUGUCCCGUCAUGAGCGCAGCCUGAGGAUGACCGUGGUGAAGAGGCAGGCCCAAUCCCCGGCCGGGGUCUCCAGCGAGGUGGAGGUCCUGAAAGCUCUCAAGUCGUUGUUCGAGCACCACAAAGCUCUCGAUGAGAAGGUGCGGGAACGACUACGGGUGGCUCUGGAGCGAGUGUCGGCCCUGGAGGAAGAGCUGCAGUCUUCCUCUCAAGAGGUUGUGUCUUUAAGGGAACAAAUCAAGCGGCGGCAGCAAGGACUAGACAACGGCAAAGAGCGGCUUCCCAACGGACCUUCCUCCAUCUUGGAUGACGGAGAAAUCGACAGGCAGAGGGAGGGCGAGAUCGAGCGACAGAGGUCAGAGCUGGGGCAACUGAAGGAGAGACUGGCCCUCAUGUGCCGACAGGUCGGGGAGAUAGAGGAGCAGCUGACGUCGGCUAGGAGGGAGCUGGCCCGAUCGGAGGAGACCAACCAGAAACUACAGAGGGACGUGAAGGAGGCACUUUGUCAAAGGGAAGACAUGGAGGAGAGAAUCACCACAUUAGAACGCAGGUACCUGAGCGCCCAGAGGGAGGCAACGUCUCUCCACGACAUAAAAGAUAAACUGGAGAACGAGUUGGCCAGCAAAGAGUCCCUCCACAGACAGAGCGAGGAGAAGAACCGGCAGCUUCAGGAGCGUCUAGACGAUGCCAAACAGAAACUGCAGCAAACUCUGCAGAGGGCCGAGACGCUGCCUGAGAUCGAGGCCCAGCUCGCCCAGAGAGUGGCAGCACUCAACAAGGCGGAGGAGCGUCAUGGUAACUUCGAGGAGCGACUGCGACAGAUGGAGGCGCAACUGGAGGAGAAGAACCAGGAGCUACAGAGAGCGAGGCAGAGGGAGAGGAUGAACGAUGAACACAACAAGCGCCUCUCCGACACGGUGGACAAGCUCCUGUCUGAGUCCAACGAGAGGCUGCAGCUCCAUCUGAAGGAGAGGAUGGCCGCCCUGGAAGAAAAGAAUGCUCUGUCUGAGGAACUGUCUAACAUGAAGAAACUCCAGGAUGAUCUCUUAGCAAACAAGGACCAACUGAUAGCGGAGCUGGAGAGGCUUCAGCUGGAGUUAGAUCAGCUGAGAGCGAGACCCGGGGGCUCUUAUUCCAGUCGCUCUCUGCCAGGUAGCGCUCUGGAGUUGAGGUAUUCUCACGGGGGUGGGGGUGGGGGCGGGUCCCUCCCAGCAGGUUCCACCACUCACCUGGAUCCCUUUGGUAACGCCUCCACUGGGGGUGUGGUCAGGCGAAGUCACCGGGCCCGUUGGAGCUCUGCACGAGAGGACGCGACCAAAUACCCAGACUGGGAGAGCGGGGGCCUGCUGGGGACCGGGUUCGAGCCCGGCGUCGAUGUUGGCUGCUCCGAUGAUGAAGACGACGGGGAUCCUCGGUUUGGCUCCGAGCUGCUGUCCCCCAGCGGACAGACGGACGUGCAGACGCUGGCCAUCAUGCUGCAGGAACAGCUGGAGGCCAUCAAUAAGGAGAUCAAACUGAUCCAGGAGGAGAAGGAGAACACCGAGUUGCGGGCCGAGGAGAUCGAGAGCCGGGUCAGCGUGGCUUUGGACAGUCCGCCCAUCCCUCCGACCUCCCUGGGGAGAGACAGCACAGGACGGGGUUUCAUCCCCUCGUCCAUCACAUCAUCCACCCUGGCCUCCCCCUCUCCCCCCAGCUCUGGACACUCCACCCCUCGCCUGCCUCACUCCCCCGCCCGCGAGACUGAUAGACAGAACAACAAAGAUGAUGAUCGGUCCCUCGCUCUUCUUGACUCUACGCCUCCUCCCACGCCUCGUGCGCUUCGAUUGGACAGGAUGACCCUCACCCACCCAGGCGCGAUGCUCGACGACCCCCGGGAGUUUCGCAGUCUCUCGGCAGAUGGCAGCAGCUCCAACAGCAGCCAAGAUUCCCUCCACAAGUCCAGUAAGAAGAAAAGCAUAAAGUCCUCCAUCGGUCGGCUUUUUGGAAAGAAGGAGAAAGGGAGGAUGGGCCAGCCCGGGCGGGAUGGAUCUGCGUCUCUUGCAUCUACGCCCUCUGAGGACCUGGCCUCUGGGGACCCUAUGGGGAUGAACAAAACUGGGACCCUGGGUCCAGCAGAUAAAGACCGCCGCAGCAAGAAGAAGCACGAGCUACUGGAAGAAGCAUGUCGCCAAGGACUUCCCUUUGCAUCUUGGGACGGACCCACUGUCGUGUCUUGGUUGGAGCUGUGGGUGGGAAUGCCAGCCUGGUACGUGGCGGCCUGUCGCGCAAACGUGAAGAGCGGCGCCAUCAUGGCCAACCUGUCGGACACAGAGAUCCAGAGGGAGAUCGGCAUCAGUAACCCGCUGCACCGCCUCAAACUGCGGCUGGCCAUCCAGGAGAUGGUGUCCCUCACCAGCCCGUCCGCCCCGGCCAGCACCCGCUCUUCGACCAGUAACGUGUGGAUGACCCACGCAGAGAUGGAGUCUCUGAACGCUGCCACCAAGCCUCCGGAGCUGAAAGAGUUCAGCUGGGAUCAGAUAUUGGCCUAUGGCGAUAUGAAUCAUGAGUGGGUGGGCAACGACUGGCUGCCCAGCCUGGGCCUGCCACAGUAUCGCAGCUAUUUCAUGGAGUCCCUGGUGGAUGCCCGCAUGUUGGACCACCUGACCAAGAAGGAGCUGAGAGGACAGCUCAAAAUGGUGGACAGCUUCCACAGGGUCAGUUUGCAUUAUGGCAUCAUGUGCCUGAAGCGUCUCAAUUACGAUCGCAAAGAGCUGGAGAGGAGGAGAGAGGAGAGCGCCCACCAGAACAAAGAUGUGAUGGUGUGGUCCAACGAGCGAGUGAUGUGCUGGGUGCAGACUAUCGGUCUGAAGGAGUACGCCGACAACCUCCGUGAGAGCGGCGUCCACGGGGCUCUGCUGGCUUUAGACGACACCUUUGAUUACACUGACCUGGCCUUGCUGCUGCAGAUCCCCAAUCAGAACACACAGGCCAGACAGCUCCUGGAGCAAGAGUACAACUCCCUCAUCUCAAUGGGAACCGAGAGACGACCCGAUGAGGAUGGAACGAAGACGUUCACCCGCUCGCCCUCCUGGAGGAAGAUGUUUAGGGAGAAAGAUCUCCGGGGCGUGACCUCUGACUCUGCCGAGACCCUGCCUGCUAACUUCCGUGCCUCAGCCAUCUCCACGCCCUCCGUUACCCUGAGAAAGGUUCAGAGUGAUGCCAACUCUGGUGCCCGGGGUGAAUCUGCCUCAGUGAGGACGUACUCCUGUUGAGGGGCUGAGGGCGCUGACUGGAUUGGGACUAGAGGACCCUCUCGCUCAUCCACGGAGAAAGAAGCAAUGAAUAUAACCAUUUAACUUAAAAAUAAAUAAUCGGUCUGACCAUUCUGCAAUAACAGAAACAAAGGAAUAAAGGGGAAAUGACAUGAAGAAUGUAUGAAUGUAUUUUCCGACCAGACCAGGAAGGUUGAAUGGGAUCAGCUGUUUUCUCUCUCUGUCUCUCUCUUCCUGUCAUUCUGUCUUUGCUCUCUCUCUCUCUCAGUGUGACCGUGCUAUGGGGUUAAUAAAGGACAACAACGGUGUUGGUUGUGUUCAUGCAGGUUUCCCCCUCUCUCUGUGUCUGCACACAGUCAGCAGAGUUGGCAAUAUCAGGGCUUAUUUUCCUACCUUUUAGAGGAAAUCACUUGCUGCCAUUUAUUCUCUUACAGUAUGAAAACAACUAAAGGUGUCGCCUUACAACAUCUGCUCAGCAACAGAUGUUUUUUAAUGAGGACUAAGAGGAUGUUUAAACUGUAAAAUCAUUGGGGGGGAAAUGGCUAGAUGGACAUAAAUGUGUUACAACUCUAAACAACACCGAUGUUCUCCUUUCUACUCAUGAGGCGGCUGGUGUCCAGUGUCUGCCACGGUGGCUCCAUUGUUGGCUGCUAUGGUGCCGUCAGGGGGGUCCAAGUGUCCCCAAUUGGUCGGAGUGUUGUAGUAAAACAUGUCCGAAUUGAGACCGCCAUUUAUCUCCGACCACAUCAGAGGGACCCUCCUGGAGCUUUGUCAAUUGGCACCUUGAAAACCGAUAGGCUGAGUAAUUUCUUGUGAAGGGAGCCCAUUGUAGAGAUCAAAGGCACAGAGUUUGGAUGGGACAGGGUGGAGCGAGGCUACAGAGGCAUUGUGUUCAAUGAUUUUAUUUGUUGGUGGCAGGUAAUCCAUAAAGUUGGCGUUGGUGCCACUUUCUGAAAAGGCCUUCUUUACAAAGGGUUCAUACGUUCUUUUAAAGUUUGCUUUGUCAAUGUUAAAGGGUCACUAUGAGUUCAGUUAACUCGUCAUGGAGGGCACUACUCGGCCUGUGGAAACAGCUGAAUAACGUGUCUGUGGUUCUGGACUGACACUUAUGAUGUCACAUUGAUGUCAUCGAGGAUAUCUCGCCUCGGGUUUGAGACUUCAACAGAAAUCCUGUAUUAUAACCUAGAGGCAUGGUGUUAGAAAUAGCUGUGCAUUCAGGCGCCCCGGUGGCUCACCUGGUAGAGCACAUACCACACUAACCGCAGCGGCCAUGGGUUUGAAUCCGACCCCUGACCCUUUGCUGCAUGUCAUCCCCUCUCUCUCCCCAUCCUUCCUGUCUCUCUCUCACUGUCUCCAUCACAAUAAAAGCAAAAAUGCCCAAAAAUAAAAUAAGAAAAUCUUUAUCAAAGUGCAAGACUGAAUCGUUAGAGUAUAUCAUUUAUUAAUGCUUUGUAGAUAAGUAAACAGCUACUAAGGUUUGGAUGGCAACAUUGUGAGAAACACAGCUGGAUGGAGUAAAUUUUCAAACACUGUAAAAAAAACAAUUAACAACUAACAAUUAAAAUGUUCAUUACAUAACAUUUAUACGUGGAGACUUAGUAGACAGCAAAGUCAUGAUUUUUUACUUUUUAGCCACGCUAGCGACAUGUUGCAGUCUGAAAUACCUCAGCAGCUAUUGGAUGGAUUUCCCUGAAAUUUGGUCGAUGCAUUCAUGGUCCCCUGAGGAUGAUUUGUAAUAACUUUGGUGAUCCCCUGACCUUUCAUCCAGCACCAUCAUCAAGUUAAAUUGUCAGAUUGAACUGGAUACUUUGGUUUACAAUGCUAACAUGUUAACGUUAGCACUGUAAGUUAGCAACAAUGUCCUCAAAUACAGCCUCACAAAGUCACUAGCAUGGCCGUAGCAUGACUCAUGAGUCUCAUUGAUGAGCCAUUAGGUCUGAGGUGAGAAAGGUUAGUAAGUUAAGGUAAUCCCGCCUGGUUACAGUUUGAAAUAUUAAUAAGUUAGUAACAAAUGGAUAUUAGUGAAGAAGACAAUGCAAGUUAUGAGAACAUACACUAGUAAAAUGGAUUUUUCACAACCUGGGAACCCAAAAGUUCUACAGUAUAUUAAACAUUUAAUAAAACAUGAAUAAAUUGUGUAUUGUUUUUACAAAAUCCCAUUAAUUAAAAACUAUAAACCCUUUGUAAAGUAUGUCUCACUGGAAAGCGGUACCUAAGUUUUAAAUAUAUUGAGAAAGACAUCUGUUUGAAGCCUGACUCAAACUCAAAUUCCUCACUAGCACUCCACGACGUCGCUCUGCGGUUUAUGACCUGUAAUCAUCAGCUCAGGGUCUUGGGUAAUCCUUAUGAUGGGAGAGGCAACAGAGAGACAAAACAGCGACUCAAAGGGAGGAGGUAAAAAAACAACAAAAAAAACCAACAAAAGGAUGGACAGAAGCUGGUCAUUUUACUGCACACACAAGCCAUAACAGAAACCAAGAGCUCUCUGGGGGGUGAGAUCAGAGAGAGGCAGGAAGAGAGGGGCGAGCCCGAGGAAGCCCAGGAAACAAAACCUUUAGCCUCUGUGUUUACGAUGCAUGUCAAACAAACGACAAUGACCUAAAAACAUUUUUUUGGUGGUGAAGGUGAUAUGAGGUGUCGUUAAAAAAAAUAUAUAUCUGUAUGAUAAACCUACAGGGGUGGGAGCCUGGGGAUCAAUUUGUAAAAUGUGUGUAUUUUUUUCAGUUGUAUUUUUUAUUUUUUACGAUAACUAUUUAUUUUCUUUAGGUAUGUAUUGGAUAAAUGUAUGUACAUGUUCCGUUCCUUCUCGACUUCAUUUGAACUAGUUUUAAAAGUAAAUAUGAAACAUUGAAAAUGGUCAUUCAAAUAUGCUACUGUAUGUGUACAUUUUGAGAACAAAUUGUGCAAUGAUUUAACAGAUUUCCAUGAUUAAAGUGAUAGUAAUACAAACUGAAAAUAUCAUCUGGGAAAAUAAACAAUAAUGAUGAUGA